AUAAAUCCUUAAAAAACCCUCGUGUCGUGAACCCACGAUAACACGCAGACGCGUUCACUCUCAAUUUCUUCAUUCAUCAUUCAUUUUGUUCACAAAUAAUAAAUAGAUCACUCUCAUUAUUAUUACUAUUGUUGGAUCUAGGGUUUCUUCAUGUUCAUAUCAUAGCAGGAUCCUGUCUCCAUUGACAGCUUUGGAGAUUCAGAAGCAUAGAUUCGUGUAUAGUUCGGUCAACAUUUAGAAUUUUAUGAACUGUUGGCUGAAAGUUGAAACGAGUUGUUAGGAUUGAAGUUUGAAUGGAUCAUUCGGAUUCGAAAGAACAGGGAAAUGGUUUUGAUGUUGAUCUCGAGAGCGGUACCGCUAUAGUUCAUAGCAAUGCAGAGAGAAGUCCGGAUCCUGAUUUCGAUAAAAAACUUGCAAAAACAGCCUUUUUAAGGUUAUGUGACGGAUUAAUGAGUGUAGACGAUGAUAGUUUAGUUAAAUUAGAUAAUGUAAAUGUCAACGAGGGUUCGUUAGAGAGUAAUGUAAAGUGUAAAAAGGCUCCGAGUGCGAAAAAACCGCCUAGACCUCCUCGACCUCUUUCGUUGGAUGCUUAUGAUCAAAAGCUCAUCAAAGAGCUUGCUGAACUUGCCAUGAUCAAACGGGCCAGAAUCGAGCGCAUGAAGGCACUCAAGCAAAAGAAAAAUUCAAAGAAUUCAUCAUCUUCGUCAUCGUCGUCACAUGGCAGUCUUUUUGCCAUGUUUUUUACCAUCAUCUUCUUCGUGGUGAUCCUUUUCCAAGGCCACAAUUCGGGUUUAACGACUCAAGCUUCUCCUCGAACGGGUCAAGGAAACGCGAACGUGUUAACUGAUAUACCGAAUCAGUUGAAUAUUUCUCCCAGUGUUUCGUUUUCGGCCAAUUAUAAAUCCUCUAACAGGGUUUUGAGAUUCUGAUGAUGUGUGUGUGGAGGAUCACAGGUGAAAACUGAAGUUCUGGUAAAAACAAAUUUGACCAUAUGUACAGUCAAUGGUACUUUGGUAAGAAUCAUAAGUGCAGCACACGAUCACAGGUGUUUUUUGGUUGUUUUAUAGGAUUCAAAUGGUAUUUAAGGUUUUCAUGUAUAGGGUUUAGUUUAUAUGUUAUUUCCAGGUUUUGUUUAUUAUUGAUAAUAACAUCCAUGUCUUUGUCAAAAUUAACUUUUUUUUUGGGAAAAAGUCAACAAAAUAACUAGAUUAUAGAGACCCCUUGAAUGGCUAA